GCGGGCGGGCGGGCGGCGCGAGGCGGAGGGCGGGCGGCCAAGGAAGCUCGAAGGGCGGGCAGCGGCGGCGAGAACUCGGCCCCGGGCUGCGGAAGCCGGAGACCGCGGCGGCUGCUGCAAGAGGAGCCCAGGGGACACCGCCUCUGCCCGCGCUCUGCCUCAGGCCAUCACUGCUCCCCCGGGGCCUGUGCGGACUCGCCUCCGUGAAGUGUCACGAUGUCUGACCGGAAAGCAGUGAUCAAGAACGCAGACAUGUCUGAGGACAUGCAACAGGAUGCCGUUGACUGUGCCACGCAGGCCAUGGAGAAGUACAACAUAGAGAAGGACAUUGCUGCCUAUAUCAAGAAGGAAUUCGACAAGAAAUAUAACCCUACCUGGCAUUGUAUCGUGGGCCGAAAUUUUGGCAGCUACGUCACACACGAGACAAAGCAUUUCAUCUAUUUUUACUUGGGUCAAGUUGCAAUCCUCCUCUUCAAGUCUGGCUAGGUGGCUGUGGUGAAGGUGUCAGUGGCGGCGGCAGCAAUGGCAAGCAGGCGGUGUUGCUGGGACUGUUUAGCACUGGGGCCAGCAUCAGGAUGUCCUCUCCAAUGGCUGUGCUACUGCAUGGACUGUAUACUCGAUUUCAUGUGUAUGUCGCAGUAAACAAAACCAAAUUUCUUUCUGUUUAGUUGCCUGGGGAAGAAGGCUGCUUUAUGUUUAUUUUUCAAGACUUUAAAAUAUUUUUUUGGUUGUAUUGCACUAGGAAAUCUCUCCCACCCCCUCCCUUUUCUCUUUCUCUCCCUCUACAAAAUAAAAAGCCCUCAACAAAGCCCAAAAGACUAGGAGGGCUGAGGAAAAGAAAUAGGUCUCUGGAGGUAGAACUAAAACUGCAGGUGCCUUUUCCUGGUGGUGAACGCUGCUUUGGCAGGGCCAGGGAGGCUGCAAGGGGACAGUGUUAGGAUUGACAAGGAGAGAGGGAUAGGAAGGAGGGUUGGUGGGAUUGAUCUAGUACCAGGGAGAAUAUUCCAUUGAACUGUGAUUCUAUAGCUUGGGGCAGAGGGUGGGGUGGUGGGUGAAUUCCUUAAGGGGCCCUGAGAUGUGUUUGUGGCGUGUGGGAGUGGGGAGCAGACUUGUCUUGCUGUCUUUGAAUUUCCAAGUAAGGGCCAUGUCUCUGUGGAUUACCUUCUUGUAUUCAUUUGGCCAGAGAUCAUGCUAGGAGGAUGUUGGGGGUAGGAUUAGCCUGAUUUUUUUUUUUCUUUACAUUCUUCUUUCUUUCUAUCUGCUCCCUGCUUAGCCCUCAGUUCUCAUUCCUUUGGAGUUCUCUUAGAGCAGCCCCUGUUAGUCGGCUGGCAAGAGAAUUUCUGGUGACUGUAGUUCCUUAGGUCGUAGCAACCAAACCAAAUCAAUAUGUCCCUUGAUUCUCUGCUGUGUACGUGUGUGCACGUGUGUAUGUAUGUUUAGGGUAGAGGGGAGGGAGGAAGCAGGACAGUAUGGAAUCUCUAGGGUAUAUGGUUAAGUAGGGGGCACAGUUCUAAUGGGCCUUUAUGUUAACCUCUGGGGGUGUCUGCUUUGGGGGUAAAGACAGGUGUCACCCUCCCCCCCUUAGUGAUUUAGCCCAGACACUCUGCUUGCCCUAUGGCUGUCUGGUCCCUGGGAAGGCUUUAGGAGGACCACCCAGGACAAGAUGGUCAUGCUGCCAUCUGCCCUGGAGCUGGAUCUCAGUAGAGAGGGAAGUAACUUUGUGGAUGGUUGCAGCCUCUGGUCGGAGGAGGGGAUGGAAGUGAUAAGAGGGACUUCAGGAGAACUUUGGAGAAGGUCAGUCUUAUGGUGAUGAAGCCAGAAAUCAGGAGAUGGAGCAGGGCCAUGGGUGGGAGGAGAUUCCAAGGAGGAUGCAGGGGAAAUCUUGUCUGUUGAUGAAAUAAGAAUGGGGUGGGGGUUAGAGUGGCGUGCUCAUUGCUGACUGAGCUGCUGAUUCUCAUGAGUCUCAUUUAAAACUCUCAUGUGUAGGGUUGACACGGGUGGGGGUGGGGGACCCAGCUCAUUCUUUUAUUUUCAAGUCCAUUCUUGUGGCUGGUGGGGAGGCAGGAGAAUGCCCCCUCCCCAAGCCCAUAGUGUGUGCCGAGCUUUCUUUUUGAUGCUGGCAGGGGAGGGUGGGAACUGGGGCGGUGACUGAGUACCUUAUAUCAAACCCUUUGGUGGGCACAAGAUUGAGUGCUUGAUUUUAGGUUUUAUUUUUUUAUGAAUGUCCAAAUCAAUGUUUCUCCCUGCCCUCCCAGACUUGUGUGGCCAGUUGGAAGUGUCUGGUUUGUGUUCAUCUCCCUCAUUUCUGGAGCAGGGACUGAGACCCUGCCACAUCUAUGCUCUGCAUCCACGCCUCUCUUGGACAUUAAAGGUUGAUUGAUGCACCUCUGAGCUGUUUGGGUUUCUUUGGGGGUGAAGGAUUGGCCUGGUGGCAGUGGUGCCACACAGUGGAUGGGAGUGGAGGGUGCCUAGGGUAGAGCAGAAUGGAGAUGGAAGAGAUAAGACCAGGUAAGAGAUACUGAUUGGCUUGAUGCAGGAAUUAUUUGUAAGGCCUAUGCUUACGCCCCUUAAGUAGGUAAGAACUAACCAGCACACUCACCCACAGGGCUCUUGGGUCUUACCUCCCUUGUUGGGGAUGGCCAGGUGAGCCACAUUUUGGAUCUUUGGUAUAGUAGAUGCUGCCUUCCCAGCUGCUGUUCUGGACCUGCCUGAGCUUGGCUUCUUAGACCCUUUGGCCAAAGCUUGAAGCCUUACUCCCCCUUUUAGGUUCCCUAAACCUGGAGACUAUAUCUAUUAGCUAAGUCCUGCUCCAGUCAUUCUGAAGUGGAAAAGCUGAGAAUCUUCAGAAAGAUGGGGACUCUUGGUGGAAACUGGUUCUCUGAGUCUUCUGGGUUAUCCCAGUUGUCCCACUUGUGGGUUCCUCACCCCUACCCCUUUCCCCCAACACACACCUGGAGAAGUCAAUGCCAAGACUUCUGAAGGUAUCUGCUCACCCCUGUCUCUAAGCCAUCAGUGCCCAGGCUUAAUGGCUACAGUUGUGGUGGUGGUGUUAGGGAGCCAGAGGUGCUUUGUUCUCUUUCUGUAGUCGUUUAUUCACUCAAAAGCAUUUACUGAGUUCUUGUGUGCUUGGGCCUAGGCUGCUGUUCACACAGGCAAGUUCUGUAUUUCACUGGCAAGCACAUUCUAAUGGGUAGAGUGGACACAUGCAUGUUAGUAAGCUUUUCCCAAUAGUGGUAAUUGUGUUAUGGAAGAAUAAACUGGGCAAUGAGCUCUUGAGUGUUAAAGGCAGGUAGAUAGGGUUCCUUCAGAUACGAAGUAGAUUGGCUGGAUCUUGGGGAGAAGACUACCUCUGGGCAAGUGAGGUCUUAAGGGAAGGGAUUAAGGGACUCUAGAACCCCAAUUUCUGUUACUGCUUUUGCUAGUGUGAGUAAUUUGGCAGAGGUGGAGCUUUGGUAGAGAGUGAGGCCACAUUUCAUUUGAAAUGGAUGUCUCUAGGGCCAAAACUCAUACUUCCUGCCCUCAUGGAAGAGGCAAUCCAGUUGGCAUCUGUGGACAACACAUUCCCUUGCAGGUUAGGUGGACAGUGCUCAUCUGGAAGGCUAAUCCUGCAGAGCUUCCUGAAGGAGAGGAGCCCAGGAGGGGAAAGAUGUGAGAAUGGGUCACAGAAGGGGCUGUGGAAGGCAGAUGGGAAUUGUGGAAUUCUCAUAGAAGAAUGCAGCCACUAUCAGAACUGUGGUGGGCAGAGACAGUGGGGGCAUCAGGGUCCCCACCUCUCUUUUAUCCUGUUCUCCAGGCUCCCUCUGAAAGGCAGAUGCGAGGCUGACCCAGGAUUGCAGUCUGUAGGGAUCAGUCUUCCUCCUCCCAGGGAACAGAACUGGGAAAAAAGGGGUAAAGAAUCUAAGGGGAGCAAAUGGAGAAUAAUCAACAUGGUCAGGAGUUGUCUCUGCGGCCAUGGUGCUGUCAGAUUCUGAACCCCAAACACUAGUGUCCUCUAGUGUAAACCUAAGGUGUGACUGUCCCCUAAACUAUUCCUUCGCUUCCUUCGGGUCUUUGCUCAAACAUCCUCUUAUCAGAGUGGCCUUCUGGCCAGUCUGUCUGUAUGAAAUCACGUAUGAAAUAGCACCUCUCCCCUACUACUGUUAACCCUACCCAGUUUAUUUCUGCAUAGCACCUGCCAAGGUUUGACAUAUAUGUUGUUUACUUGUUGGUCUCUCACAACUAGAAUAUAAGCUCUGUGAGGGCAAUUUCUCUUAACUACAUUAUCUUCAAGCACGCAGAACAGCACCCAUCCUGUAGGCAGUGCUUGACAAAUAUGGAUUGGUCAAAUGGCCUGUCCUUCUGAAGAGACAUCUGCCUUUGGUUUGACUCCCUCUAGCUGUGCAUGCCCUGUGUGUUUACUGCUGCCUGGAAAGGAGUGACGGUCACUCCAAGUAUGUUCAAGCCUUAGCUCCUCUUACUUACCAGCUAUGGAAGAAAGAGUGUAUCCAUAAAAUGCAUUUUAUUUAUUUAUUUUUGGCAGCUAGCCAGUAUUGGGAUCCAAAUCUUUGACUUUGGUGGUGUAACACCAUACUCUAACCAACUGAGCUAACUGGCCAGCCCUCAUUUUAUUUUUAAAGCAUUUAUUUAUGUCACUUAAACCUCAGAGCAUCUUUCUGAGCUAGACCCAGUACUCAUUAGCCGCAUUUUUGGAUAAGCAAACUGAAUCAGAGAGGGCGAGUGACUUGCCAAAGCCCACAUAGCAUUACUAGAGCUCAGUACUGUGACUCGUAAGAGCUUAACUGGGUUUGACAGCAGGAAUCUCACUGGCACAACUUAACAUUUAGGCCCAGCUCUUUGAGUUUAGUAGUGAAUCCCUGGUUCCACUGAUGUUCCCUGUCCUGGGGUUCUGGUUUAGCAAGGGGAGGGAGGAUAAUUUCUUUUCUCUCCCUCUUCUUAACUCCUCUCUACCAAGGCUUGAGGAGCCUUCCUCUUUAAGGACUCAUGAGAGGAAAAUGAGCCUCCUGGUAUUAGAAGAGAGAGCAGAGUCCCACGGUUCUUAUCUCCUAACCUCCCCCUGAACAAAAGGCACAGCCUCCUCACCUCCCUAGUAACAGUGUUGAAGAGAUCAAGUAUAACAAUGUAUCUUUGUGAUGUCUAUUCAUGAAUACUCCUGCCUACAGACUGUUACUGUGCCAAUAUAGAGAGGUUCAUAAGAAAAGAGCAAGGAGAACCAGCAGAACCUCAGGUUCCUCCUGCCUCUUCUCCCUCACUUUGUCCAAACAAAGGUGUGCAGUGUUUGUGGUGAGGUUGCUGGACUUUGCUAUCUUGGGCUUUCCAGACAGAGGCCAAACAUACAAAAACAGUGUGAUGAUGUGGGCAGAACACAGGAUCUAGAAUCAGAAGACCUGGGGUUGAGUCCCAGUUCCAACACUUACCCCCUGUAUGAACUUGGACACAUUGCUCUACCUCCAUGAGCCUCCAUUUCUUCAUCUGUAAAAUGCAGAUAAUAUGUGUCUUCUGUAAACGGUGGUUAUUAGUAUCAAAUGACAUCGUGUAUGUGUGAAUGCUCUGAAAUUGGAAAGUGUUGAUGAUAAGAUGAAGAUACUGAUUAUUAGGGUAUCUGAUAAAGCUUGGGGAAAUAAUAGAUUCUGGGAAGUCAGGUCCCCCAAUUACCCACUAGACCCUGGCACACCGGCCUUCUCCCUCCCUGCCCAAUCACACCCAUAUUAUAGGGAAGGAAAUUAAGGACCAAACGGGAAGAAAUUUACCAAAGGUCACAUGAAUGUUUGGUACAAGUGGAAUGUAAAACUUGGUCUCCUGACUCCCAGGGCAGGUUUGAUCCUUGUUUGAGGUGGCAGAACAGACUAAUUCAUCACUAGGUUCUGAGCCCCCUGCGGAACUCUGCAGUGCUCUGUACUUCGUGGUGGUGUACAGUUUAGUAGUUCUCAGUGUACAUGCAAACUUGUGCAACCAUAACCACCAUUUAAUUCCACAACGUGUCCAUUACCCUCAGAAGAAACGCUGCACUCAUUUACACUCACUCCCCUUUCCUCCUCCCCUGCCAGCCCUGGAAACCACUAAUCUACUUUCUAACUCUAUGAAUUUGCCUGUUCUGGCCAUGUCAUAUAAAUGGAAUCAUACAAUAUGUGGCCUUUUAUAUCUGGUUUCUUUCACUUAGCAUGAUAUUUUCAAGAUUCAUCUGUAUUAUAGCAUUUUUCAGUGCUUCAUUCCUUUUUCUGGCCAAAUAAUGUUCCACUGUAUGGAUAUAUCACAUUUUGUUUAUUCAUUAGUUGAGGGACAUUUGUGUUUUAAACACCUUUUGGCUAUUGUGAAAGUGCUGCUAUGAACAUUCAUGUACAAGUUUUUGUGUGGAUAUGUUUUCAGUUUUCUUGGGGCAUCUUUUAUUUUUCAAUGUCAGGUUUUUUUGUUUGGAUUUUUAAAAUUAUUUUUAUUUUUUAUCAAUUAUGUAUAUUUGUGGGGUACAGAAUCGAAUAUCAAUACAUGUGUACAAUAUGGGGUGAUCAAAUCAGGAUAAUUGGUAUACUCAUGUUUGUAAAACAUAAUCUUUGUGACCCUUAACUAGUUUCUUGCCAACUCCCCUCUCCCUCCCCGUUUCCCACCUCUAAUAACCACAGUUCUGUUCUCUCUUUUUUUUUUUGAAAGUUUAAUGUAUUGUGAUUCUUUGUUUCAUUUUUUCUUUAUUUUAGUUCCCACUUAUGAGUGAGGACAUAUAGUAUUUCUCUUUCUGUGCCUGCCUUAUUUCAUUUAACAUAAUUUUCUCUAAGUUUAUCCAUGUUGCUGCAAAUAAUUUUAUUCUUUUUUAUGGCAGAGUAAUAUUCCAUUGAGUAUAUAUACCACAUUUUCCUUACACAGUCACCUGUCAAUGGAUAUUUAGGUUGAUUCCAACUCUUGGCUAUUGUAAAUAGAGCUACAAUAAACAUGGGAGUGUAGGUAUUCCUUCAA